AUGUCAGGAGCUUCCGAUUUUUUGUCCAAAGGUAUUGAUCUCGUUCAAAAGGCGAUUGAUGCCGAUACGGCCACAAGAUACGAAGAGGCAUACAAAUUAUACUACAAUGGCUUGGACUACUUGAUGUUAGCAUUAAAAUACGAAAAGAAUCAGAAAUCUAAGGAGUUGAUUAAAUCAAAGUUUACAGAAUAUUUGACGAGGGCUGAACAAUUGAAGGAUCAUUUGGAGAAACAAGCGAAAUCCAACACGGCAGAAGGAUCGUCAGAUGGGUCAACAAAGGCUAAGAAAUCGGGAGAUGGAGAUGACGAUGAUACUAAAAAGUUGAGAGGUGCAUUGGCGGGUGCUAUUUUAUCGGAAACACCGAAUGUCAAGUGGGAUGAUAUCGCGGGGUUGGAAAGUGCCAAAGAGGCGUUGAAAGAAGCAGUCAUAUUACCAGUAAAGUUCCCUCAGUUGUUCACCGGUAACCGUAAGCCAACAUCAGGGAUUUUGUUAUAUGGGCCACCAGGUACAGGUAAAUCCUAUUUGGCGAAAGCAGUUGCUACCGAGGCCAAGUCAACAUUCUUCUCUGUGUCCUCGUCUGACUUGAUUUCGAAAUGGAUGGGAGAAUCUGAAAGAUUGGUCAAACAAUUGUUUACAAUGGCUCGAGAAAAUAAACCUUCUAUCAUCUUUAUUGAUGAAGUUGAUGCAUUGUGUGGACCAAGAGGCGAAGGUGAAAGUGAAGCGCUGAGAAGGAUCAAAACCGAAUUAUUGGUUCAGAUGAAUGGGGUGGGUAAUGACUCAAAUGGUGUUUUAGUUCUAGGCGCUACUAAUAUUCCAUGGCAACUAGAUGCUGCCAUAAGAAGAAGAUUUGAAAGGAGAAUCUAUAUUGCGUUACCAGAGGCAGAAGCAAGAACAAGAAUGUUUGAAAUUAAUAUUGGAACUGUUCCGUGUGAAUGUUCGGGCCAGGACUACAAAAUGCUAGCAGAUAUGACGGAAGGAUACUCAGGCCAUGACAUCGCGGUAGUCGUAAGAGACGCAUUGAUGCAACCAAUUCGUAAAAUCCAGCAAGCCACUCACUUCAAGACAGUAAUGACUGAAGACGGCGAAGAAAAAUUAACCCCUUGUUCUCCGGGAGAUGAAGGCGCUAGAGAAAUGGGCUGGCAAGAAAUUGACACCGAUGAAUUAAAAGAACCCGAGUUGACUAUCAAGGAUUUCAUUAAAUCGAUCAAAAACAAUAGACCCACUGUUAAUCAGUCCGAUAUUGGUAACCAUACCAAGUUUACAGAAGAUUUCGGUCAAGAAGGUAACUAG